GAACGUUAACAGUGUGACACCCAGCGGAUGUAAACAACAGAAGAGCGGGUAGCGUUAGCAUUGAAUUCAAUUAGCUGGAGGACGAUGUUGUAGUCGAAGCGCAGAUAAUUAUUCAACUUUGUAAUUAAACAACAAUGUCUUCAGUUGAGUAUUUAAGAGAGUUUGUCAACGAGCGACUAACUGCUGCUGCUGAAGAAAUAUUCAGAGCUUUUAAUAAAACUAUCUUCGAGUACGAGGAAGAGAUCGAUCGUCAGCGCAAACUGUUGGAUAUUCUUUGGAAACCUGCAAUAAAGUUACACAGGAUAGAGCUCCCACAGCAACAUGUCUGUAAGGAGGAGGAGGUUCUCGCUGACCAGCAGCUCUGUAUUCAGGAGAGGAACUCCAGUCUGGACCAAGAGGACCCAGAGCCUCCACAGAUUAAAGAGGAACAGGAGGAGCUCUGCAUCAGUCAGGAGGGAGAGCAGCUUGAACUGGAGCAGGAGACUGAGACCUUUAUGUUGACUCAUACUUAUGAGGAAAGUGACCACAGUGAAGAUCAGACUCUGUACUUUAAACCUGACAAAAGUCAGAGUGCAGCAGAGACAGAGCUCCCAGUUAGCAUGUGUGUCAGUUGGAUAAAAGAUGAAUCUGACUGGGAAGAUCCUGAAGUAUCAGAAUCAAACAAUGACCACCAGCUCCUCUCUCACAACUCUCAUGUAGCUGAGAGCCAAGAUCAGAAAGGAGGCAAGCAUGCUAGAAAUGCAGAGCCAGAAGAAGAGAAGAAUAGAAAUCACAAAAGCAACACUAACAAUGAGUCCCUAUUGCAGAGACACAGGAUAAUCCACACAGUUGAGAUACCAUAUACUUGCAAAACAUGUGGAAAAGAUUUCCGACACAAUAGUCAGUUGGUAUGCCACAUGAGAAUCCACACAGAUGAGAGGCCGUACCUUUGCAAAGUAUGCGGGAAAGGGUUUAGUCAGUCAUCAGGAUUAAGCGCUCAUAAAAAAAUCCACACGGGUGUGAGGCCACAUUUAUGCAUGACAUGCGGGAAAAGAUUUAGUCAUGCAUCGGGAUUGAACGCUCAUAUGAGAACCCACACAGGUGAGAAGCCGUUUCUUUGCAAGAUCUGCGGGAAAACAUUCAGUGAAAUGUCAAAAUUGAAAAGGCAUAUGAGAAUCCACACGGGUGAAAAGCCGUAUGCUUGUCAAACAUGUGGGAAAUAUUUCAGACGUAACGAUGAAUUGGGUGUCCACAUGAGAAGAGCCCACACUGAUGAGACGCUGUGUAUUUGAAUUGGAAAGGUCUUAAAGGGUGCAUACAGACAAGUAAUUUUCUAUUUGAACCAACACAUGAAUGCAGCACUUGUGGGAAACGUUUUUCUCUUUGUCAGGUUAUGUGACCUGACAAAACAGUCCAUAAACAGGACAAACCAUCAGCCCCUCUGGUCGAGUGUUCACUCACCUAAAUGAAUACACUUUUGUAAUAGCAACAUCUUUGUAAUUGUUUAUACACAAUUUCCCAUAAAGAAGAGAUCACAAAAUCUUACUGUAAUGAAGUAGUACAUCGUCAACAAUCCCAUCAAGGUUUGUUAAAUCAACCUGUUUUUUCCUUCAUAGUACUGCAUUACUCAUAUUUGUGUAGCAACAAUAUUUCUUUGAAACAAUCAAAUCUUUGAAACGCCUUUAUUACACAAUGAGUUUAUAGUUCCUUUUAACAUUUGACCUGUUAAAUUAAAUAAAUGUAAUUUAAAAAAAUAUUUUCAUACACCACUUCACUUAUAUGAGUGGAUUGUGAACUCUGAUGUUGAGGCUGAGAAACCCACUUUCUACUGGUGUCACGUAUGUUGUCAUCCUGCAAAUGUUUUAUCUGCAGUAUUUCUAUACAUUUUAUUAUUUAUGUAUUUUGUGAUUGGUUCAACUUGAUAAACUAUACUAUUACUUGAUACUGUAAUGUUGUUUGGGGGCUUUCAAGGAGACACACACACAAUGCGGAUGGUGUGCUACAUGGUGCUGUAAAUAAUUUUGUAAACAAUUAAAAUAUUUUUUAAAUGCCAGUUAUUCAGACCGAUGUUCCCAGCUUGAUGGAUUGGAGGAUUACGUUAACUACAAGCAAUAACAAUGUAGUGCAUGCCAUGAUUGCCCAAGGAACGUCUGCAAUGAAAUGCAGUUAUUUGAUCUCAUGUAUGUAUGUUAAUAAAGCUUUGUAUGGUGAUGA